GUGGAAUAGAUAAAGUCGUAUUUAUCAUGACAUUUAACCAAGUCGUUUCCAUUGCCCGUCAAAUUCGAAACGAGGUUAAGGGUGGCAUACUUUUUGUCACUUUCGUCCAUGAACGUAAAGAAGACGUUUAUCUAUUGUUAGGAUGUACCGAGCCUCCAAAAGUUUACGCGUUUAACCUUCUGUCCUUAAGGGGCAGUGCAAACUCGAACAACUUGGAUGUUGUAUUACACGGAUUAAUGCAAAUAUUCUCGGACGGUUCCAUCACAAAAAUAGUGACGGACGAACAUUCCAAGCUUAGCAUAAUAGCUCAUGGCUUUCAAUUAAUACUGAAAAAUCGGUAUGAAUUAGGAGAAAUUUGGUCUUUUGCCCUUGACCUAAAACCUAUCUUUGAAAGCCCCAGUAAGUUUGAAGCCAAAGAUGCAUGUCAUCUUUUUAAGCAGAAGAGAUUCGAGCUGACUUCAAGCCCGGAAGACUCG